GGGUUCGUUAGUUGUCAAUUGCCAUCUUACCAUUGAAAAUGUUUUGAAUGUUGAUUUGAUUUAAUUUUCUACUUUUCUCUUAUGAUAAGUACAUGCGGUAAAAUGGCUUCUGCUAAAAUUAUUGAGUUAGAUGAGACCAAUACUUGUAAAAUUUGCGACAAUGCUUUUGCGAAGUAUUCCUGCCCCAAAUGUAAUAUACUGUAUUGCUCAUUAGAUUGUUAUCAGUCAAAUUCACAUUUAGAAUGCAGUGAAACUUUUUACAAAGCCAAUAUUUUGGAAGAACUCAAUUUAAACAAAAAUGACUCUGAAUCAAAAGAAAAGAUGUUACAGAUUCUGAAAAGAUUUCAUGAAGGAAACCAAAUAUUGAGCGACGGUGAUGAAUCCUCAACUGACUGCUCGGGUAUUACAUUCGAAGAUAUAUUAAAUUUAGAGUCAUUUUCUCCAGAUGAGCUCGACUCUGAUGAUAAUGAAGAAGAAUUGCUAGAUAUUGGGGAAAGAUUAGCAGGAAUCAAUUUGGACGAUGCUGAAAAAGUGUGGGAAAAACUGACAGAAACUGAGAGACAAGAUUUCGUAUCGUUUUUAAAAUCUGAAGAUAUUGCUAAUUUAAUACCAUCCUGGCAACCAUGGUGGUUAUACCAUAGUAAAAAAGUAGAGGUUGUUGAAGAGAGUGAAGAAUAUAAAAAUAACUGUCCAAAAUUAUGUGAUAUUAAAGAUUUCUCGGCAUUAACGUCGAAAACUCCUGCAGUGUGUAUAAAGUAUAAUUUGAUCAACAUUCUGACUGCUUAUGCUUUCACAGUCAGAUAUUUCAAUGGAGAACAUUUUGAUUUUCCAAAAGAAUCUGUUAGUUGUAUGGUGACCAUUUCUUUGACGUUGAAGAGGGACCAAAAGUUUGAAGAUUUUGAAACUGCUGUAAAAUCCGUCGAAAUGGAAUGUGUCAAUAGCGACUGGAUCGUGAGUGAUAGUGAAAAUAUUCAAACAAUGAGACAGGAUAUCAAUAAUAUUCUAAAUGGACCUAAGAAAUCAGACGCAACGUUUUAUAUAUUGUGCGCUUUAUCUGAUCUGAAGAACUUACUAGUCAAAUCACUUCAAACAUCUGAAAAUGACGAAACCACCGGUGGAUUUUCCAAACAAUUCACCAACGAUCAUUUUCCUUCAGUUAAGCUAGAAGAACCCGAUAAAGUUAAACAUCACGUAAAAAAAAUUGACUACUUUUUAUCUUAUGCUAAGGAUAAAUUUGAAGCAUAAAAUGUGAGAAUAAUGUUUUUAUUUUUGUUUGUUUAUAAAUUAGAGGUCAAUUUAAGUUACAUCAUUGUAAUUUAUUCGUGAAUAAAAAUUAUUUUUGAUUAAA